AUGAGUACAUUAUAUGAUAUUGUUACUUAUUUUCUACUAUCGAAUCAAACAAAAGCAUUUACACCGACUGAUUUUACACUUUGGUCUAAAUAUCCACAAGACACAAUUCGAGCAAUUGGUAGUUUAUUUUAUAAUAAUGAUUUAACAAAAUUAAUUUUAACAUGUGUAUUUAAUCGAACACAAUUAGGAUUUGAUAUUAAUAAUGAAGAAAUUAAUAAGAAAUUACUUGAAAGAAUUCUUAAUUCACUUAAAUCAAUGACAACUCAUUUAGCUGAUCAAUUAUAA